AUGUCUCACCAAAGAAAGCAACCCACCCCACAACCCCCAGUGGGCUGCGGGAAGACCUCUGGUGGCGGCGGUGGCGGUGGCGGCGGCGGCGGUGGCGGCUGCGGCUUCUUCGGCGGCUCCGGCUGCGGCGGCGGCUUCUCCGGGGGCAGCGGCGGCUGCGGCUACUCCGGCGGCGGCGGCUACUCCGGAGGCGGCGGCUCCGGAUGCGGCGGCGGCUCCUCCGGCCAGGUGGUCCAAUGCCAGAGCUACGGAGGCGUCUCUAGCGGAGGCUCAGGCUGUGGCGGUGGCUCCUCCGGAAGCGGAUCCGGUUGCGGUGGCGGCUCCUCUGGCGGCAGCGGUGGCUGCGGCUACUCCGGCGGCGGCGGCUACUCCGGCGGCGGCGGCUACUCCGGCGGCGGCGGCUACUCCGGCGGCGGCGGCUACUCCGGCGGCGGCGGCUCCGGAUGCGGCGGCGGCGGCUCCUCUGGCCAGGUGGUCCAAUGCCAGAGCUACGGAGGCGUCUCUAGCGGAGGCUCAGGCUGUGGCGGUGGCUCCUCCGGAAGCGGAUCCGGCUGCGGUGGCGGCUUCUCUGGCGGCAGCGGUGGCUGCGGUUACUCCGGCGGCGGCGGCUACUCCGGCGGUGGCGGCUCCGGCUGCGGCGGUGGCUCCUCCUCACAGCAGACCACCCAGACCCCGUGCGCGCCCCAGCAGAGCUACGGAGGGGGGUCGUCCGGCGGCGGCGGCUCGGGGGGCGGCAGCGGCUGCUUCUCCAGUGGCGGCGGCGGCUCCGGCUGCGGCGGCGGCUCCUCCGGAGGCGGCGUCUGCUACUCCAGCGGCGGCGGCGGCUCCGGCUGUGGAGGCGGUUCUUCUGGGGGCGGCGGCGGCUGCUUCUCCAGUGGCAGCGGUGGCUCCGGCUGCUUCUCCAGCGGCGGCGGGGGCUCCGGCUGCGGAGGCGGCUCCUCUGGCGGCAGCGGUGGCUGCGGGUCCUCCGGGAGCGGCUCCGGGAGUGGCAAGGGCGUGCCGGUUUGCCACCAGACCCAGCAGAAGCAGGCGCCCACCUGGCCCUGCAAAUAG